AAACCCUACUCCACCCCUCAACUCUAAACCCUAAGUCUAUAUUAGUUAACCCUAAGGGUAUAAUUGUACUUUACCCUUCAUUAAAAGUGAAGGUAAAAGUGAUUAGUGUAAACAUGAAAAAUAGUACUAUGAAUGUGGUGGUAUUUGUGGCAAUUUCCCAUUGUUUUAGAUGUAUUUUUGUUGUUUCAUUUCUUUUUAAAUUUCUUUGUCGUAAACCAAUGUGUUUAAAACUAUCUUUUUGAUAGACCACGUUUUCUAAAGCUAAUAAUUAUUUCUAUUAUUUUGUUGAGGUAAAAUGUUGUUCCUAGUGUUGAGGUUAAUAAAUAACUAGAGAUUGACUCCUAUAUCGCACGAGUAUUGGUUCUUAUAUAUUUUAUACAUUGAUAUUUUUUCAUAAUUUAUGUUAUAUAUUUUAAAUAAGUCUUAAUAUAACUAAUUGUAUUCAAAAACCCUGGACCGAAUAUGGUAAUAUGAUUAUUUUUUGUACAAAUAUCUGAACCCGUUUCAAAUAUAUUUGUUAUUUAGAUAUUUUUAGAUUCUUAUACAUCAGAACCGAACUCAUCCAGACCCAGAAAGACUCAACUCAAAAUCCACAUAAAUUUAUAAUGUUCAAACGGAUCCUAAUUUCAAAAAAAAAAAUUAUACCCGAAGAGAACAAUUCAUACAUAAAUAGAUAGUCAAUGUUCAUGUCUAACUGAUUUUAUAAACUAAUAAAAAGAACUCUUUCUAUAUGUUUGGUUAAAGUAAAUGAAAUAAAAAAAAGUUUUUUAUUUAGUAAAAUAAUUAUAUAGAGUGACAAAAUUGAGUAACAGUAAAUGUAAUACAUUUUUAUUAUUUUGAUUUAAGUUAUUAUUUUAUUCACAAAACAUAUCUUUGAAUUAUGUUUUUGGCUAUGUAAUUUCUAUCGAUUGAAACUAAAAUAAAAAAAAACUUUUAGUAAAACAAACUGAACCGAACGUUUAACCAUAUGCAAAAUCUAGUUAUUUUACAUUUUUGAUUUUAUAAUUGCGUUGAUUAACUAAUAAAUAAAAUUUUGUAUUAUUAUUAUUAUUAUUAUUAUUAUUAUGGUAAUAUAAUUAAUGAUGUGAUGUAUUAUUAAGGUAAAUUUUUUUAAUGAAAUUAUUAAAUUGAGUGAAAUAUGCAAAUACAAUUAAUUAAAUUAUUAAAAUAACACUAUUUUUUUAUAUCGUUAUCCAUAUUCCAAACAGUUCUCAUUUAUACUGGUAUACAUGUUUCUAAACAGUACUUUUUAAUAGUGUAAUAUUAAUAAUAUAGAUAAUCAUAUUGAAAGGAAAUCAGAAGAGAGCACUUGAGAUUUUUAAAAAAAAAUCGAUUUUUUUUAAUUGGUCUCAUCUUGUUUGUUGUUUGUCAAAGGAAACAUCCUAAAAAUGAGCUUAAUCAAAGGAUCCCACCAAAAUACUCGGACAUGUCCCGGACAAAGACUACUUCUUUGUCUGAUCCUGAAAGUUUGUAGUUCUAGAUUUUAUACACAUUGAUGAAUCGGUCAUGUUUGAGCCUUCCUCUCCUUCUUCUUUAGGACAAAAACAUGUUGCAGAGAGCAGCGAGCAAUGCGUAUUCAUGGUGGUGGGCCAGCCACAUUCGCACAAAGCAGUCCAAAUGGCUCGAACACAAUCUUCAAGAUAUGGAAGAGAAAGUAGAGUAUACUCUUAAGAUCAUAGAUGAAGAUGGAGACACUUUUGCCAAAAGAGCUGAGAUGUAUUACCGUAAAAGGCCAGAGAUUGUCAAUUUCGUUGAGGAGGCCUUUCGAUCAUACCGUGCAUUAGCUGAACGCUACGAUCAUCUAUCUAAAGAGCUUCAAAGCGCAAACCGCACAAUCGCCACAGCAUUCCCUGAACAUGUUCAGUUCCCUUCGGAUGAUGAUGAGGAUGAAAAUGAAGAUUACGAAGGCAAUCCAAGGAAACCUCAUCUUCAUCUCAUUCCCAAGGGAAGCAACAUACCUGAAGUCCCGGACAUUCCGAAGAAAGAGUUCAAAGGUCAAUCUAUGAUGUUGUCAAGAAAAGGACCAGCUGGUCCUUCUGCUUUCGCCAAGCGUGAAGCAGCGGUUGUUAGUUCUGGAUUGAGUAAGGAAGAGGGCUUGGAGGAGAUUGAUAACCUUCAGAAAGGGAUCUUGGCGUUGCAGACGGAGAAAGAGUUUGUGAGGAGCUCAUAUGAAGAGUCUUACGAGCGGUAUUGGGAUUUGGAGAAUGAAGUGGCUGAGAUGCAGAAGAGGGUUUGUAACUUACAAGACGAGUUUGGUCUUGGUGCUGCGAUUGAUGAUAGUGAAGCUAGGACGUUGAUGGCGAGCACGGCUUUGAGUUCUUGUAAAGACACAAUAGCUAAGCUUGAGGAGAAACAGAAGCAAUCUGUUGAAGAAGCGGAGAUUGAGAAGGGAAGAAUCACUAUUGCCAAAGAGAAGUUUGAUGCAUUGAGGAACAAAUUUGAGAAACCGGAAAGUGAGAAUCAUGAUGAGCUUAUUGAGACAGAACAAGAAGAAGCUGAUGUAGUUCAAGAACUUGAAGCUGAGAGGGAAGAUUCAAAUGAGAAUCUCACUGUUGUGAAGCUUGUGGAGAAGAUUGAUGAUCUUGUGCAUAGGGUUGUUUCAUUGGAGACUGAUGCUUGUUCUCACACUGCAUUGGUGAAGACAUUAAGAUCAGAGACAGAUGGGUUACAUGAACAUAUCCGCGGUCUAGAGGAGGACAAGGCGGCUCUUGUUUCGGAUUCCGCUGAUAUGAAACAGAGGAUAACCAUUCUUGAAGACGAGCUGAGUAAAGUUAGAAAGCUGUUCCAAAAGGUGGAAGAUCAGAACAAGAGUCUACAGAAACAGUUCAAAGAAGCUAACUGGACUGCGGAUGAUUUAUCUGGCAAGUUACAAGAUGUCAAGAUGGACGAAGAUGUCGAAGGAGCCAGAACCUUCCAAGAACAGCCACUUGUUUCAGGAUCAGAAGAUGAUCUAAAGUCAAUCUCAAAAGAGACAGAAACGACGAGAAGUAGUGGUGAAAGGAAGAAAGAGAAUGAAGACAUUGAAGAAGCAGAUCAAGAAGAGAAACCUGAGACUAAAGAUUCAUUUGCCUUGUCAGAAACAGCAAGCACUUGUUUCGGAACAGAAGGAGAAGAUUUGGUAACAGAAUACGAAGACGAAGAUACACCAAACUGGAGACAGAUGUUACCAGACGGGAUGGAGGAUAGAGAGAAGGUUCUGUUAGACGAAUACACAUCAGUACUAAGAGACUACAGAGAAGUAAAGAGAAAGCUAGGCGACGUCGAGAAGAAGAACCGAGAAGGGUUCUUCGAGCUUGCAUUACAGUUGAGAGAACUCAAGGAUGCUGUUGCUUACAAAGACGUAGAGAUUCAAGCUUUACGUCAAAAGCACGACACGCCAGGGAAAGAUUCUCCUUCUCCACAUCAUGUAGAAGGAAACAGCCAGCUGGAACAUGAUCAAGGACAACAGCAUGAGAGUGUCAGCAUCUCACCAACUUCUAACUUUUCUGUUUCCACUACGCCGCAUCAUCAAGCAGGAGAGGUGAAGAGAACACCAGCAAGGACAAAGUCAAGUGAGGUUAGAGUGAAAUUUGCAGACGUUGAUGAUAGCCCGAGAACAAAGAUUCCAACGGUGGAAGACAAAGUGCGUGCAGAUAUAGACGCGGUCCUGGAAGAGAAUCUAGAGUUCUGGUUAAGGUUUAGCACAUCGGUACAUCAGAUACAGAAGUACCAGACAACAUUUCAGGAUCUGAAAUCAGAGCUGUCGAAGCUGAGAAUCGAAAGCAAGCAACAGCAGGAAUCUUCAAGAAGUGGUAGCAGUAGUAAGCACGCAGCUGCAUCAGAGGCAAAACCUAUCUAUAGACACCUUAGAGAGAUUCGAACAGAGCUGCAGCUAUGGCUAGAGAACAGCGCGGUUCUUAAAGACGAACUCCAGGGAAGGUAUACAUCGCUAGCUAAUAUCCAAGAAGAAGUCGCAAGAGUCACGUCUCAUUCUGGAGGUGGUAAAAUAAGUGACUCAGAGAUAAGUGGUUACCAAGCUGCAAAGUUCCAUGGAGAGAUACUCAACAUGAAACAGGAGAACAAAAGGGUGUCAAGUCAACUACAAUCGGGCCUUGAUCGUGUGAGAACGUUGAAGACUGACGUUGAGAAGAUUCUUGGUAAACUGGAAGAGGAUAUUGGGAUCUCAAGUGCAACGGAAGCAAGAACAACUCCGAGCAAGAGCUCGUCGAGUGGAAGGACGAGGAUUCCGUUACGGUCGUUCUUGUUCGGUGUAAAGUUAAAGAAGCAUACAAAACAGAAGCAAGCUUCAGCAUCUCUCUUCUCUUGUGUCAGUCCAUCUCCAGCUCUGCAAAGACAGUCUAGUUACGUUAGGCAACCUGGAAACCUCCCUGAAUAAUCAUCCGUCUGUUAUUUUACCUUUUCAGUUCCUUUUUUUCUAGCUUUUAUGUCAAAUCAAAUCAAACUGUAUCUUCAUUCUUUCACUGUUUUCAAGAAUUUGAAAAUCUACUUUGGAGUU